AUGCUGCAAGAUUCUAAAGCGUCCAAUGUGUCUCGUUCCGAUGUCGUUUCUUUCUGGGGUAAAAAUAGCUUCGGGUGGGAUUAUGUUGAUUCUGUGGGACUGUCGGGAGGUCUGAUUAGCAUAUGGGAUGAUAGUUUGUUUUGUCAGAUCGGUGGUUCCAAAAGCAGACAAUUCUUACAUGUUAAAGGGUCCGUGAAGGGCUGCGCUACUCCAGUUAACUUUCUUAAUGUGUACGCCCCGCAGGGGGUCCCGGCUAAAAAAGUCUUGUGGGAUGAGCUGAAAAUUAUUAUUGAAUCUAAUGAUGGGUUCUGGGUCAUUGCGGGAGAUUUUAACGCUGUUCGUUUCAGAGAAGAGAAGAGGAAUUGUUCUUUUAAGCAGUCUUGCGCUAAUAAUUUUAAUGAGUUUAUUUUUGAGACGGGUUUGAUUGAAUAUAACAUGAGCAAUAGACGGUUCACUUUUUGUUCUGAAAAUGGCAGUAAGUUGAGUAAACUUGACCGUUUCCUUGUCAACUCAGAUUUUUUCAAUGCUUGGCCAGCGGCUUGUUGUCGGGUUCUUCCUAGACGGUGGUCUGACCAUAACCCUAUUAUCCUCUCAUGUAUUCCAAAAAAUUUCGGUCCUCGUCCUUUCCGUAUCUUCAAUUCUUGGUUUGGAAAGUCGGGUUUUGCCGACACAGUGCUUAAAGCUAACCAAGAGUUUGCUUCGGAUGUUGUCAGCCCCGAUUUGUUCUUCUUGAGCAAAUUGAGGUUCAUAAGGGAUCGCAUUAGAGGGUGGAAAGACGACAUGGUUCGCAAGGAAGGAGAGGAUUUGGAGACCGCUAAAAGUGAAUAUGAAGCUCUCGAAGCUAUUCUUGAUUCUAGAGAAUUUUCUGAAGAGGAGGAGUGA